AUGGCUUUGGACAGCCGGGAAGUCAUAGACGAGCAAAUACUCAAAGCCGAAGCGGACAUACAGCAGCUCAAAGCACGCCGAAAUACCUAUACACCAGCCGCGAUGCUUCCCAUCGACAUCCUAUCCUAUAUCUUUCAAUUCCCUGCCGACCUUGAAGGCCACACACGGGAGGAACUGCUCGUCAAAUACAUGGUGCCAAUCACCCAAGUCUGUCACCGUUGGAGGACCAUCGCUAUCGAGACAGCCACUCUCUGGACGCGUGUCCCUUUAGGAUAUUUGCAAUGGACGGAGGAGUUGCUGAGGCGGUCAAAGGGUGCCGGAAUUGACGUCGAAAAUAGACUUAUAGCGGGCGGACAAUCCAUCGCCGGACACCCAUCGGAACGUGAAGCCUUGGAUUGCGUCUUCGUCAAUAUCGGAGCUGUGAGGAGGUUGUCGUUAAGGAGUAUAGAGCAGUGGGAGGCACAGAUACUCUUCCAGGCUUUCAACAGAAGCAGUGGCACUCUCAAGAUCGAGGACUUGACCCUCACGUUGACCUCUAACGAUGUAUCCGGACCAACUAUCGGCAGCUCUGUGCUUGCAGCUCUCGCCGGCUGCGGACAGAUGGUCCCCUCGACCGUUCAAAUCCUAGUUACAUUGAAUAAUGUGACGACAUUAGAGGUUCUUCACCUAUCAUUUUCGGUUCUGGGAUGCCCAAGCCUGCGCGAGGGUGACAACGGACUCAGCAGCGCAGACAGCCAACACCACGGCCGCGUAGAGUUCCCACUCCUCCAUGACUUGCUACUCACAAUGCCCAUUUCCAGGAACGCAUUUGUGUGCACCGCCCUCCCUAUGUCGGCCAUCUUGCGUCCCCUCUCCUUGCAUCCACCCAGAAAACUGAAUCUAGAAUGUGCAGUGACACACGCAACAAGUCUUUCAACACUUUUACACUCCGUCAACGACGCCUGCGGAUGGAUGAAAGGAAGCUCGUUACAGAGUCUGUAUCUGCGAUUCGACGCCGAGUAUGGCGAGGUUUUCGUGGCGGGGUCUUUUAGCUCUCCAAAAAUGACCAAGUUCGUACGGGACGGCGAUUUUUCGCUGCACCUCUUAUAUCAGGAUUUCAGCGACGAAGAGAUUUUUCAGCAGCUCUUUUCUGGGCUCCCACUGCAUGAUUUGGGGUACCUUGCGUUCCUCGGCUGCCCAAUGGACAUUCCCGCAAGCGCUUGGGCGUCAACGUUCGGCCGGCUCCAGCGCCUCCAGAUCGUCAUCAUGCAGGACGCGGAGCUCCAGAAAUUCCUUCCAGCGUUAGUCGAGAAAAAUCCUUUCAACGAUGGGUUGUGUUUUCCAGGUCUCCGCAAGUUCGAAGCUAUCCAUGUCAAUUUCCGGAAGGAUGACAACACGUCGUUUGCUAUGCUCAAAGAUAUGCUUAUGCGACGUCGUGAAGACGCUCGCAUCAACGAGAUACGGCUAACUGUCUGUCGAUUCCAUCCUGAACAGGCAGAGCAACUGCGCAAAUUCCGGAACGUCAAAUUGAGGAAAGAGGUGUACCAUGGCUCGGACUCAAGUGACUGGGAAGAUUUUGAUUUUAUGUAG